UAUAUAAUUUAAAGGUGGAUUUCGAGAGCGAUCUGAAAGGGAAUUCAUCGCUAAUUCGCGUUUCAAUUAGUUCCCCCCGAUUGCUGCCGAAACGUCUGCGUGUUUUCGGCUAAUUUCUUAACGAGAAUCUGCUUUCAGAUCCGUCUCCGCGCAAAAUCGUCAUGUAACUCAAUUGCAGAAGAUUCAGAUACUCUUUGGUCGUGUACUGUCCCAUGGAUUUCUCGAAAUUCCCCUUUGAUCACCAGAAAUGCGCUCUGUCGAUAUCCAGCUUUGCGUGGAAGGAAAACGACUUGAUUUUAGCUUGGAAUUACGAAGAUCCUGUUCAUUUUACCGAACGUGUCGACUCGAUGCUGCCGUUUUUCAAGUUGCGAAAUUACAACACGACUGCCGGUGAUAAGGAAACGCAAACUGGUGAGUUUCAAUCCAUAUAUUUAAUACACUCAUUGAUUACUGAAGAAUCACAGAACAAAUUUCACAUGCAACACCAUAAACUAUAA